UUUGAAAGUUUUUUUUUAAGCCACAAGUCAUGCAGCGAGUAAGCUAGAUAUUACAGAAAAAAUCACCACUUUCUCUUUAAAAAAAAAGUUACGACAACUCACUCACACUGCCACAAAACACAUAAAAUCCCACCUGAAUUGAACUCGCCGAAUUGCUGUCAGCCGCUCUCCAACCUAAAUAAUCCAUAAAUCUAUCACUGAAUUUGAUUUGUAAUUUCUCAUAUUAGCUAUAUCGCGGAGAAAUGUGUUUUACGGAACCUCUUUUGUAAUUAACACUUACUACUUACGAUCUCUAUUUAUUUAUAUUAUCCUCCUCUUUUAUCUACUUUGUACAUACAUAUAAACCCUCUUUCUUCUUCCUCCCACCAAAUACCAAAACACAACUUUAAGCCAAAGACUAAAUCCAAAAAAUAAAUUACUAUUUCACUCUGACACACAAAAACGCACACCAUGGUCGUUCAGUGUUUAAGCUGCUGCACGAGACUGAGAUUGAGUCGUCGUCUUUUGAUCACGUCACCACUCUCCCUCCGUUCUGGUCUCACAACUUCCACAGCAACGACGACGACAACAGCAAGACAUUUCAGCAGCACUCUUAACAAAUUAUUAGGAAACGGACGCACUCGAUUUUUCACACUAAAACGACCAACAACACAAUCUAGAGAUUACAUGGCUGUCCGACGGCGAAGAACGGAAUUGCCGCAGGAAAAGGACCAUUUGGGAGGGACUCGCAGCAAGUCGGACGCGAGUCAACAAAAUGCAACAAAAGAAGCCACACCACCGAAAGUUAAACUCAAGAAACGGGACGUAGGUCGCUUGUUUGCUUUAGCAAAGUCUGAAAAGCUUGUCUUAACCGCUGCCGUUGGUUGUCUUGUGGUGUCUUCGGCAAUCACAAUGAGUGUACCUUUUGCCUUGGGCAAGAUAUUGGACAUAAUUUUUACACGCGAUGAGGCUGGACAUCUCGAGACCAUGGAUCGAUUGAGACAUUUCUGCUUUAUUCUUAGUGGAGUGUUUGUUAUUGGUGGAUUGGCUAAUUUUGGGCGAGUUUACUUAUUCAACAGCGCUUCUAUUCGAAUUGUUAAGGAACUACGAUCGAAGCUAUAUCGUACAAUGCUCAAUCAGGAAACGGGUUGGUUUGAUACUAAGGGAACAGGAGAGUUGGUUAAUCGAUUGUCGACAGACACAUUUCUCGUGGGCAAUUCCCUCAGUCAGAAUAUGUCCGAUGGCCUUCGGUCAACGGUGAUGAUAGUUGCUGGAACUUCAAUGAUGAUUUACACGUCUCCUAAAUUGGCCCUUAUAAGUACCUGUGUGGUUCCUUGCAUAGCUGGAGUUGCAGUAAUUUAUGGAAGAUACGUCCGAACUAUAACUAAAGGUUACCUUGACAAACAUGCUCAGAUCUCAAAAGCGUCCGAAGAACGUCUAGGCAACAUAAAGACUGUAAAAUCUUUUUGCCGGGAAAAUGCAGAAGCACAGACAUACGAUAAUCUUCUUACUGACGCAAUGAAAAUAGCCUAUGACGAAGUUAUGGCAAAGUCGAUGUUCUUUGGGUUUAGUGGCUUUUCGGGAAAUGUUAUAAUUAUUUCGGUUCUCUAUUAUGGUGGCAGUCUGGUUGUUAGUGACCAAUUAACCAUUGGUGCUCUUACAUCGUUUAUUCUAUAUGCGGCGUAUUCGGCAAUUUCUAUAAAUGGCUUAAGUAAUUUCUACACCGAACUAAACAAGGGUGUUGGUUCGGGUCAACGUAUAUGGGAGAUUCUGGAUAGAAAAUAUGAAAUUGCUCUAGAUUCUGGAAUCGUUCCAACAGUUAAGCCAAAAGGUCAAGUUGCUUUUUCGAAUGUUGUUUUCAGUUUUCCUGCUCGACCUGAGAACCCAGUUUUGAAUAAUCUUACACUGACACUUUCGCCGGGACAAACUACUGCAAUUGUAGGCCGAAGUGGUUCAGGAAAGAGCACAAUCGCUUCAUUGUUGCUUAGAUUGUAUGAUCCACAGAACGGACAAGUAACUCUUGAUGGGAUGAAUCUAAAAGAAUUAAGCCCCUAUUGGUUGAGAGAAAACAUUGGUGCUGUGAGUCAAGAACCUGUCUUGUUUAGUGGCACAAUUAGAGAGAAUAUUCUCUAUGGACUGAACCCAGGAACAAAAGUCACAGAGGAUGAGUUCCAAACAAUAGUGCAAAAUGCUCAUAUAGAUGAAUUUUCAAACACCCUACCAGAUGGACUAGAAACGAUGGUUGGUCAACGUGGAAUGAUGCUUAGCGGUGGGCAAAAACAACGUGUUGCUAUUGCUAGAGCUUUAAUAAAGAAUCCCACUAUCUUAAUCCUUGAUGAGGCUACCAGUGCCCUAGAUUCAGCUUCAGAGGAAUUAGUACAAAAUGCUCUCGAAAAACUCUCGAAGGGGAGGACAGUUUUAACAAUUGCCCAUCGUCUUAGUACAAUUCGCAAUGCAGACAAGAUUGCUGUACUCGAUAACGGUAUAGUAUCAGAGGAAGGAAGUUAUGAUGAGCUUAUUUCACGCGAAACUGGAAUUUUCAAAGAUUUGGUCAAGAAGCAGGCAUUUCUGAUCGAUUCUUAAAUCAUUGUUUCAACGGUGACGGGAUAUUAUUAUUACUAAGUUUAAAAAAAUGUUAUAGAAAAAGUAUUUCUGUUCUUAAUUUUUUCUUUUUAUAAAUUAGCUUCAAGCAACGAACAACAAAACGGUUCUCCUGUAGUUUUUAGUCUUUAGUUUUUUUUAUUAUAUAAAAUAUACAUACAUCAUUUUUAAUAUUAUUUUAUAUAUACAUAUAUUUAUACAAAACAUUUGUCAUGUUUCCGUUCAUACAUUUUGUAAGAAAUAAAGUUUUAUCGGAAAAAAACUUCAACCCUA